AUGGCAAAAGUUGAAGAAACAGCUGCUGGAAGCCAGCCCCCCAAGUUAACUCCAUCGGAAUUCAAAGCCUAUAAUCGAUUGGCAGACCAUAUGGAUCUAUUUCAUAAUAACUUCCGCGCUAUUUGGAAUGAUAUAUACGGUGCUUGCGUCAAGAAUAAACGCCCCCAUGGGCAAUCGAUUCGCGCAUUCCUCGACCUCGCUUUAUCCUUCUGUCGUCAACUCACGCUGCAUCACACUAUCGAGGAGCGCCACUUUUUCCCCGAGCUAGCGUCGAGAAUGCCUGAGUUUCGCGAGGAAUUAAGCUUGGUCGGGCAGCACCGCAUGAUUCACUUAGGCUUGGAGAAAUUCGAGGACUAUGUGAAUACAUGUCGCACGGGCGAGACAGAGUUACGGUUGGGUCAUAUGAAGAUGUUGAUGGAUAGUUUUGCGGAUGUUUUAUGGACACAUUUGGAUGAUGAAGUGAAGGCCUUGGGCGCGGAGAAUAUGAGAAAGUAUUGGAAUUUGAAGGAAAUGGCCCGAUUAUACCAUUAG